GUAGCAUCAGGAGCACAGAGCCUCCUGUAGUCCGCUGAAUCCCUCUGUGAAGAAAAACAACUGGUUCACCAACACCUCAUUGUUUAGUUUGCAGUUGUUCUUCGUUGUCCCAGUCAUCCAUCAUGGCCUCCAGCAUGUCAGUGAGGAGCUUCUCCAUGAGUCGUCAGCCAUCCUUCUCCAGCCGUUCUCUCAUGGACACAGGCCGAGCUCGCUCCAGAGCGUCUGUGUCUUUUGCCGCAGCCAGCCCGUUAAGCCGCUCCGCCUCCAUCAGCCAGGACCUCAACGGGCCGGCCAGCCUGCAGCUCAACGGCCUCCAUGGAAACAGCACUAAUGAGAAGGAGGCCAUGCAGAGCCUCAACAACCGCCUGGCAAACUACUUGGACAAGGUGCGUUCUCUGGAGCGCUCAAACGCUGACCUGGAGAUGAAGAUCAAGCAGCUCAUGAUCGACAGGAUCCCCAAAGGUCAUGACCUUGACUCCAUGAUGGCCCAGGCUCACGCUGUGGAGCAAGAGGUGAGGAAGAAGACUCUGGAAAACGCUCGUCUCAUGUUGGAGAUCGAUAAUGCAAAACUGGCCGCUGAUGACUUCAGAAUCAAGUGGGAGACUGAGAUGGUGAUGUGCCAGUCUGUGGAGCGAGACUGUGUCGCUCUGAAAAAGGCAAAAACCGACCACGAGCAGAUCAUAGCCUCUCUGAGAGGAGACCUGGACAGCCUGAAAGAGGAACUGUACUUCCUCAAAAAAAACCAUGAGGAGGAAAUGGAGCAGAUGAGGUCUCGUAUUGCUCGGGAUGAGGUAAAUGUGGAAGUGGACUCUGCCAGUGGACCCGAACUGGGAACCAUCCUGUCUGACCUGCGCUCCCAGUACGAGGGGAUUGUCAAGAGAAACAAGGAACAAGCCGAGCAGUGGUACCGCAAGAAGCUUGAGACGGUGCAGAAUGAAGUGAAGGAGAGCAACGAGGCUCUGAGAGGAGCUCAGAGUGAGCUGGUGGAGAGGCAGCGCUUCCUGCAGACCCUGGAGGUGGAGCUGGAAAGUCUGCACAAACAGGUUGCAGCUCUGGAGGGUAACCUGGGUGAAACAGGUCAGAAAUACUCUGGUGAGAUGGAGCGGCUGCAGACCACCCUGAGCCAGCUGGAGGACGACCUCUCCCAGCUCAGGUUGGACAUGCAGCGCACCAAGACCGACUAUGAGCAGCUCCUUCGCAUCAAGCAGAACCUUGAGAUGGAGAUCGCCACCUACAGGCGCCUACUGGAGGGAGAGGACACAGUCAAGGAAGUUCCUCCCCCACCAAAAAAGGAGCCUGAUGUUCGCACCAGGAAAAUCGUGAAGGUGGUGACCCAGACGAUGGUCAACGGCAAAGUGGUGGAUGAAUCCAGCGAGGUGGAGCAGAUUGAGGAGACCAAGAAGUAAAUAUGCAGCGGAGAGAGAGAGGAGAAAACAGGAAGGGGCGGACAUCAGAAUAAGGGUCUAAAGAGACACAUAAGACAAAAAGUGUAAGAAUUUGACAGAUUAACUUUGGAGAAUUAUCUUGAGCUUUUAUCCAUGCAUUAUUGUUUUGAACAGGGAAAUAUGGGGGGCGUUUAUGGCUUAUAACAUUUUGUGUUUUUAGAUAAAUGCUUUCCCACAUUUGCCUUGGAAGUUACUUUUUUUAUCAAGUGCUUGUUCCUAAAAACCUAGGGUAUGUCCAAUACUGUACUGUAGAUUUGCAUGCUUUUAAUAGAGUUGUGAUUGUGUAUGUGUGAUUUUGUGUAAAAGCAACCAAUUAACCACCCUCCAGUUAUUUUCUCUUCUUAAAUUCUGUAGGUCAAACAAGAUAUUUAUUUCUUAGUGUGGAAAAGUUUACUUUAGCUCAUUUAAGACAUCCUAUUAGUUUUUUUCAUGAGUAUCAUUUCAUUGUCUUUGCUGAUUUUGCGUUUUUACUUUGAAUAAAGUUAC